UAGCUGAAGUUAACGGCAGUGUGGUGUUUAGGAAAGCACGUUGUUACGUUUUUGUUAGUUUUUUGCCCGUGGUAUCUGCAGGAGAAGGCUGUAUAUACGCGCCCCACAUCACCGACCUUCACACAGCUUCACUUACAUAAAGUGUUCAGACCUGUCAGCUGUCUUACACUUAUGGCUUUGAACGUGCUGCGACCACUGCUUUGUCAGGCCCUGGGGCGACAGGUCCGGUCUCCCCUCGUGGCCACCUCCAGGGCCAGUGCACCACAUCUGUACCCCAGCAUCACCUGCUACCCGGCUGCAUGCACCAGGCUGUAUGCCACCAAGAAGGCCAAAGCCAAGGCAAAGGGCCAGUCGGCUAAGGUGAACAUUAAUUCGGCUCUAGUGGAGGACAUCAUCAGUCUGGAUGAAGUGAAGGGGGACAUGACGGCUGUUCUUAAUGCACUCAAAGAUGACUUCACACGCAACCUCAGCAUCCGAACCUCACCAGGAGCUCUGGAUCACAUUGUGGUGACGACUCAAGAUGGGAAGUUCCCUCUCAACCAGCUGGGUCAGAUCUCCAUGAAAUCACCCCAGCUCAUUAUGGUCAACAUGAGCAGCUUUCCAGAGGCUACAGCGGCUGCCACUCGUGCCCUGAGAGAGAGUAGUAUGAACCUUAACCCAGAGGUGGACGGGACGAUCGUCAAGGUGCCUGUUCCCAAAGUAACGCGGGAACACCGAGAGAACCUCGCCAAGCUGGCCAAACAGUUCAGCAACAAGGCUAAAGACUCACUGAGGAAGGUGCGAUCUAAUGCUGUCGCACAAGUCAAAAAGGCGAAGGAGGGACACUCGGAGGACACCAUACGACUUGUAGAAAAACAGAUCCAGCAGAUGUCAGACAACAUUGCAGUGGACAUUGACAAACAGCUUGCAGCCAAGACCAAGGAGCUGUUAGGGUGACUGUGACGUUUGAAAGAGCAUUGUAUUUUUAUGUUGUUUUUGAUACUGUAUCAUUUGGUUGUUGCUGAACCUACAGAUGGACACAUAGAAGCAACAUGUCAUUCUUAUUGUGGUUAUAAAAGAGGGUGACUCAAUCGAGUUGGGGAGGUAGCUUUUGAUGAGUGGAACAGUCUGUAAGAUUUAUACAGAGGAGCGAGACUCGGCCACUGUUGUACAAGUUCUGGUGCUCCAGGCAGAAACUGGGCUUUGGUUCCUGCCCUCAUCAAUGGCAAUUAUGUGCUCUUCACUGCUGGGUGAUAUCUGUGUUUGACCGUCAGUGCAUAAACAGAAAUUGUCACGGAAACAACAACGAAAGACUGCCAGUCACCUCCCUCCUCCCUUGUUACUCUUCCUGUCUUCAAACAAACACCAACUGAGGGACAAAUGGACUUUUAAUGGGAUUUGUGGGCCUCCUCCUAAUCAAACCCCUUGCCACAAGGGCUGUCUGUUUAUAUAAAACAAGCGCACCCGUCUGAAUGUAAACUGGCUGCGGGUUGGUCUUGGUGGCAAGAGCAAGAGAGAGAGAGAAAGGGAGAGAGAGUAUGUUCCAGAGACGCAGGAUAUGAUUAGCGUGUUGCCAAACAUUUGUUUCACAUUGAUUCAAAGUCUGUUAAAAAAUGCACUUAAAAAAAGGGGCCUUUAAUUUCUGCCCAUGUCUACGAUUGAUAGUACAGCUGUUCUCUCGACAAUAAAGUCAGGGAACUAACAUUAUUGAUGGACUCCAUUAAAGAAACACUGCUUUGUAC